AUGGACAUUGUAAGGGAAGACGAACAAGUCCCAGUGGACGACGCAAAUAGAACAGACCCAUUCAAUAUAAAAGAAGCUAAUCCGAAUGAAAAGUAUUUUCCAUAUUGUGUUGUAUGGUCGACUAUACCUUUAAUAUCGUGGUUCAUCCCAUUUGUGGGACAUACGGGCAUUGGAGACUCUAACGGUUGGAUAUACGACUUUCAAGGGUCAUACUCGAUUGGGAAAAGAAGACAGACGACUUGUUUUGGAAGUGUGAAGAAAUAUAUCCCAAUUGAAUUGAUGGGAGUGAGCGAUAAGGAGUAUGACGAUGCCAUUGAUGAAAUGAAUAAGAAGUACCAAAGCUUACAACACUUGUUGAUCAUUCAGAACUGCCAUGAACACGUUGGUGACGUCUUGAGUAAAGUGCGCUAUCAGAAUAAAACGAAUUGGGGUACAUUGUCGAUGUUGUGGUUAAUCGCGACACAAAGUAAGUACGUGUCAAGUAAGGAAAUACUGAAAACAUAUGGACCAUUCUUCGUGAUAUGCUGCGUGUUGUUGGCAAUUGUGUUGUUUUGCAUCGCUUUGUUCAGAUAA